UACUCAAGUUAAAGUAUAUAUUAGACCACUUAUAAUUAGAUUUUAGUAAUAUAGUUGGUGGUUGAUGAUACGCCUUAGUAGAUUGGGGUUAGUCCUACCUUUGGUGGUAGGUCGAAGAGCACUUGGACGUUCAAUUGUAUCUCCGAGUGUUCUCCGAACUAUUACAUCAUUAUCGAGAUCAAGUGCACAAGUGAAGAAUUCUGUAUCUUUAUUGAAGUCUUUGGAUAAUACCCUUACUAGGAAUCAAUGGUUAAUACGUCCACAUCAAAGAUACAAUUCCACGUCUACUUCUACGUCCACUUCUACUUCUACUUCCAGUUCUAGUUCCACUUCUACCUCAUCUGAAGAUAGUAAAACAUCUUCAUCUGAAGAUGCUAAACCAAAGACUAUGGGAAAGGAUAUAAUAAAAUUACUCCUACUAGCCAAACCUGAAUAUAAAUUUUUAGCAUUUGCUUUGCUUUGUUUGGUCAUAACUUCAGCUACUUCCAUGACCUUACCAUUAUUUAUUGGUAAGAUCAUAGAUGCUGGACAAGUCAAGCUCUUGGCAAGCAACGAAGACGACAAAGAGAAAGAGCAAGAAAAAGAAAACGACAACAAAGAAGAUUCAGACUCAUCCGAACUAAUAUUAGGAUUGAGUCCACCUCAAUUUUAUACUGCCUUAGGAUUAUUAUUUACUUUUGGUGCCAUUGCAAACUUUGGAAGAACUUAUUUAUUAAGAUCAGUAGGUGAAAGAUUAGUUGCCAGAAUAAGAUCACGAAUGUUUCUGAAGAUUUUAGCACAAGAUGCUUACUUUUUUGAUGUUGGACCAAAUGGAAGUGGUAUGAAAACAGGAGAUUUGAUUUCUCGUAUAUCUAAUGAUGCACAGAUCAUAUCUAAAACAUUGAGUGGGAAUAUUAGUGAUGGUAUUCGAUCUCUUAUUAGUGGUAUGGUUGGUUUAUCUAUGAUGUGUUAUGUAUCAUGGCAAUUAACUUUAUGUAUGGGAUUAGUAUUUCCUCCAUUAAUUUUACUGUCCUUAUUUUAUGGUCGCAAAAUUAAAAGUUUAUCAAAAUUAAUUCAAGAAAAUUUAGGUGAUAUGACAAAAGUCACUGAAGAGAAAUUAAAUGGAAUUAAAACUAUUCAAAGUUUUUCACAACAAAAGUUAAUGAUUCAUCAAUAUAAUGAUGAAGUAAAGAAAAUAUUUGAUAAUGGAUUAAGAGAGGGGAAAUUAUCUGGUAUUUAUUAUGGUAUUAAUGGAUUUUUAGGAAAUACUACAAUUAUUGGGUUAUUAGUAAUUGGUAAUCAAUUAAUUGUUAGUGGAGAUUUAACUGCAGGAGAUUUAUCAAGUUUUAUGAUGUAUGCUAUUUAUACAGGAAGUUCAGUAUUUGGACUUGGAAAUUUCUAUUCAGAAUUAAUGAAAGGAUUAGGAGCAUCAGAAAGAAUUUUUGAAUUAAUGGAUUAUAAAACAAACAUACCAAUUCAUGUUGGUGAUAAAAUUGAUUCAAUUGAAGGAGAUAUUGAAUUCAAAAAUAUUAAUUUUAAAUAUCCAUCUAGAUUAAAUACACCAAUUUUCAAUGGAUUGAAUUUAAAAAUCGAAAGAGGAUCAAAUGUAUGUAUUGUUGGACCUUCUGGAAGUGGUAAGUCAACAAUUUCUCAAUUAUUAUUAAGAUUUUAUGAUCCAGGUAAUGGUGAAGUAGUAGUAAAUGGUCGUAAUAUAAAAGAUUUGAACUUGAAUCAUUAUAGAACUAAAUUAGGGUAUGUUCCUCAAGAGUCCUUAUUAUUUAAUGGGACAAUAAGAGAGAAUAUUUUAUUUGGACAAUCUGAUGCUAGUGAAGAAGAUAUCUACUAUGCAUUGAAAUUAAGUAAUUCUUAUGAGUUUGUUACUAACUUACCGGAUGGGUUAGAAACGAAUCUUGGAUCUUUAAAUAGUACUCAAUUGAGUGGUGGUCAAAAGCAAAGAUUAUCAUUAGCUAGAACUUUGAUACGAAAUCCUCGUGUUUUAAUAUUAGAUGAAGCUACAUCUGCAUUAGAUUCUAUAAGUGAAGAAAUUGUUCUAAAGAAUUUAAAAGCAUUAAAUAGUAAAGAGGAAAUGACUAUUAUUUCAAUUGCUCAUAGAUUAUCUACCAUUAAGAAUAGUGAUAGAAUUAUUGUUUUAAAUAAACAUGGUGAAAUUGUUGAAGAUGGUAAUUUCAAUGAUUUGUAUGAUAAUCCUAAUAGUCAAUUGAAUAAUUUACUUAAAAAUAAUGAUACAAAUGCCGUAUAAAUAAUUAAAUUAUAACUAAACCUUAAUUAAUUAAAUAGACUUGUAAAUAGAAUCUCAAGCAACUGUGAAUAUAGAUUUAGAUAAAUAUAUAAAUAUAUUUUAUUUUUGCAGUAAAAAAUGAGACGAAUGCCUGAUUAGGCA